AUGGAUAAGCUCCAAAGGCAGCCGCUGGGUUCUCUGUUGACCAAGAUUAGGAAGUCCCGCGUGUUUUUAGUUGGUGCAGGCGGCAUUGGUUGUGAGCUGCUGAAAAACCUAGUCCUUACUGGUUUCGGAGAAAUCCACAUCGUAGACCUCGACACAAUAGAUCUCAGCAAUCUGAACAGACAGUUCCUCUUCAGACAAGAGCACAUAAAAAAACCAAAGGCAUUACUAACCUUUUACUUUCUCGCUAUCCAGGUCGCAAAAGAAGUCGCUAGCAAGUUCCGGCGAGACGUAUCCCUCCACGCGUAUCAUGCCAAUAUCAAAGAUCCACAAUUCAAUGUUGAAUUCUUUGAGUCGUUCGAUAUCGUGUUCAAUGCAUUGGACAAUCUAGAUGCGCGCAGACACGUCAAUCGCAUGUGUCUAGCGGCAAACGUUCCUCUGAUUGAGAGCGGCACCACAGGGUUUAACGGUCAGGUGCAGGUCAUAAAAAAGGGACGUACUGAGUGUUAUGACUGCAAUGCGAAACAAGUGCCCAAGUCAUUCCCAUUUGGGCAAAGAGCUAUCUACUACCCGGAGGAGAUUCAAAAUUUGCAAAGAGAGGCUCAAGCGUUGCUAUCCAUUCGCCAAUCAAUGGGAUCUGAUGGAUUUGCCGAAAAAGUGUUCACAAAAGUCUUCAAUGAGGAUGUAGACCGCCUACGGAAGAUGGAGGACAUGUGGAAAACUAGGAAACCGCCCCAGCCUCUAUCAUUUGAUCCCCUUCAGCAAGAAGCGACCGCAGUGGACUCAACUAUAUCUUCGGAUGACCAGAAGAUUUGGAGCCUGGUAGAAAAUUUCGCGGUCUUCAAAGACAGCCUUGGUCGUCUUUCAAGGAGGCUGCAGGAGCUCGAAGCUGCAGUUACAGAUGGAUAUAAACCUGUGAUAGCUUUCGAUAAGGAUGAUGUGGACACACUCGACUUCGUCACGGCAAGCGCAAAUCUCCGAUCUUACAUAUUUGGAAUUGAAAUGAAAUCAAAAUUUGAGAUAAAACCAAUUGCCACGACAAAUGCCAUGACGGCAGCAAUAUGUGUUUUUCAGGCGUUUAAGGUACUGAAGGACGAAUAUGGCAAAGCAAAAAUGGUCUUCCUCGAGCGAUCAGGCGUCCGUGCUAUAAAUACUGCAAAUCUGAGUUCCCCUAACCCUCAGUGUCCAGUCUGCAGCGUAGCGCAAGGAAGGGUUUCCAUUGACCUCGAAAGAGCUACACUAGACGAUUUAGUCCAGGACGUUCUUCGUGGGCAGCUUGGGUAUGGCGAAGAGCUCUCGAUCAAUAACCAGAUGGGAACCAUCUACGAUCCAGAUCUAGAUGACAACCUGCCGAAGAAACUUAAAGAUUUAGGAGUCUCCAAUGACAGUUUCCUCACUGUUGUUGAUGAGGAGGAUGAGAAUACCCGAGUGAACCUGGAUUUGCUUGUUUCUGAGAGACCGUUCACUGACCCAACCACACAACCCAUUUCCUUACCAUCCAAACCUGACAUUCCCAGAAAACCGCAGCUUGAUAUGGAUUUAAAUACGAAUGGCACCACUUCUACUACUAACAGAACUACCACGGGAAAACGGAAGCGCGAAGCAGACGAAAAUCCAGACGAUAAAGAAGAUAAACCGACAAAGCGCCUUGCGACAAUGUCCGUGGCGGAUGGUGACGGUGAUCUCGCUGAAAAACCUAUCAUCCUAGAAGAUGAUUCUGGAACUAUUCUGAUCGAUGAGGACUGA